AUGUCGCGCCGCGUGCGAACCGCUGCGCCUGUUACCCGAAAUAAUGGAAAACAAACGGCGGCGCUCUCGGCGGCAGCCACAUCUGGGCUGCUGCAGGCGCCCAGCUCCGCCGCCGCCGCCACUCUUCUGGUACUGGACGCGACGGGGCGUCGGGACCCACGAACAGAGGCAUCGUCUCCUGACGCUGCGUCGACGGCUGCCGAGUGGGCGCCGGACAAGGCGCUGCGGUGUCAGACUCCUUGGGGGUGCCCAAGGAAAGCGGCUGCAGGACAGGCUGCAGAGCCACCGCUUGGGAAGGCGGCCCGGCUGAGGGGUCGACGUCCAUCAGCUCCGAAGGCGGUGGCGACUGAAGAGGGACCGCAGGCGCCGGAGCAACCACCUGGGGCGCUCCCGGAUGAAGCUGCGCGGGAGGCAUCAACGGGACGGGCUGUCGGCGUGGUAGCGGCGACGGCCGCUGCUGCUGCCCUGGGGGCGGCAGCGAAGUCGGAAGGCGCGGCUGGAACCCGCCGCGGACCAAAUCUGUGGACAAAGAACGAGCGGCAGAAUCCGGGAGGCCAGCGCGGCGCAACUGGUUCUGAUGCCUCCUGUGCACCCCAGUAG